AUGUCAGCCAAGAGCUUCAGUAUAGCAGUCACUACUGUGCUUAUUUUCUUCCUAAAGAUACCACUCUCAAUGCAAGCGCCGUUGAAUGGGUCAAAAUGGUCCUACAUUGGUCCUGACGGAGAGAAGGCCUGGCCGAAGAAAUACCCAUUUUGUGGAGGAGUAUUGCAAUCACCAAUAGAUUUCCACAAAGAUAUUCUCCAGUAUGAUUCUAAUCUCUUGCCUUUAGAAUUCAUAGGCUAUAAUGUGCCCUCCACUGACCAGUUUACAUUGACCAAUAAUGGUCAUUCAGUGAAAAUGCAUCUGACGCCUACAAUGUACAUCAGAAACCUCCCAUUUGAAUACACUGCAUCUCAACUUCACCUACACUGGGGAAACAGAAACAAGUCAGAAGGCUCAGAGCACACAGUCAGUGGGAAGCAUUUUGCAGCAGAGCUGCACAUUGUACAUUAUAACUCUGAGAAAUAUCCAGAUAUAACAGCAGCAAUGGACAAAGCGGAUGGACUGGCGGUUUUGGCUAUUCUUCUUGAGAUUGGACCCUUCAACCCAUCCUAUGAAAAGAUCUUCAGGCACUUCCGGAAUGUGAAAUACAAGGAUCAGACAGUCCAAGUCCCUGGUUUCAAUAUUCGAGAACUGCUUCCUGACAGACUGGAUGAGUAUUAUCGCUAUGAAGGAUCCCUGACAACUCCUCCUUGCUACCCUAGUGUUCUCUGGACAGUUUUCCGACAGCCCGUUAAAAUUUCACAAGAGCAGUUACUGGCACUGGAAACAGCCAUGUACUGCACAGAGAGUGAUGACCCAGAACCCCUGGAAAUGGUUGAUAACUUCCGAAACGUUCAGGAAUUUCAUGAAAGACUGGUUUUUAUCUCCUUCCGUGAAGGUUUUGUUGCUUCUGUUGUGAUAGCCUGCAUUCUGGGAGUUCUCAUCAUUCUUGCAGUAGCCUUCUGGCUACUGAAGAGGAAAAGGUAA